AAAAACCACUAGGUAAGUAGGUACCACACUUUCUGAUGUUUCUUCAUAAUUGUUCGACGAUUGACGGUAAUUUUUCAUAUAGGCUUAGAGAAGCUAUUGAAGAUAUCGAAAAUUGACUUUUUAAUUUUAGGGUCUAUGCUCGAUAAAUCAAAUUACCAUGUUUAAUCUGAAAAAUGAUUUAAUAUAUUGUUUUUUAAGUCAUUGUCAAAUAUAUAUUUCUUACCUUGUUUAGAAUCUAAUAUCCGAAUUAAAAAUUAAACCAAACGAAUGAUUAAACUUAGAUUUCAAAUAUAAUCUAAUGUGUGCUAAUACGCGUUAGGUUCAACUUCUUUAUGCUUGGUUCAGUGUACUGUAUUGUGUAUUUCCAUACGAGCAUUACAAUUUACAGUAUAUAACUAUAAUAUUAUAUAAAACAAUUUACAAUUUAAGACUGUAAUUUCUAAGCUUAAUGCACACAAUUAAAACAUUUUUAUACCUACGAUGAAUUUUCAAAUUUAAUCAAAAAACAAGGUUAUUGACAAUAGCAAGAGUUAUUAAAUCAGGUAUGGUUUUAUAACAGCACACAGACGAUUUGAAUUUUGAAUCUAACUUAGCGGAACUGUUAUUAAUCUAUAAUUGACCAUCAUUGACCUUAUAGCUACAUGUUGUUAUUUGUUUUUGGGCUAUUCAUACAAACUUGCUUAGCAGAAAACGUAGAAACUACUAAACACGGACAUAACACCGAUGCAAGUGAUAAGAAGGUGUCAAAAAGAGAAUAUUACGCACCAGAAUACAAUCAUGAUCAUUAUUCAUAUCCGGCUUACCGCUUCGAGUACGGUGUCCACGACCCACAAACCGGCGACAUAAAAAAACAGUACGAGGAACGGGACGGGGACACGGUGCGUGGCUACUACAGCCUGGUAGAACCGGACGGUUCGAUCAGGUUGGUCGAGUACACGGCCGAUGCGAAAAACGGUUUCCAGGCAACCGUCAAGAAAAUUGGAAGUUCACAUCACCCGACCACGGUGACCCAUCACCUCAACACCGCUAACGUCCACCACGGCGGUGACGGUGGCUACGCGCCCAACUACCACGGAGGUGAUCGGGACUAUAAUCAAGAUCUGCAGCAGCCGUCGUUGCCGACCGUCCACGACGGUCAUCAGUACGAGCCGCCCGCUUACUCGAAUCACUACGAACCUCCGCAGACACCUGCAUACAACGAUCACUACGAACCGCCGGUGCACGGUUACGACAAUCAUCAGUACCAACAUCAACAGCAACAACUGCCGGUCCAUGGUUACGACAAUCAUCAGUAUCACCAUCAACAGCAGCAACUGCCGCCGUCCGCUUACAAUCAUUACGAACCGCCGCUGGUGCCCACUGUGCACAAUCACUUCCAGCACCCGCCGUCAACCGUCGCGGCUUACGAUCACUACGAACGGCCGCUGCAGGUGGUGGUUCCGGCCGGCCACGGCGAUCAUCACUUCGAACCACCGGCGGCGCAUCCGGAACCGGCAGACUUCGAACACGGUUCGCCGCUGCCGCCGCUGUUCGCCGCUGGUCUGCCCACCGCCCAUGGCGACUACGGCAGCGCGUCACCGGAAGAAUACUAUCCCGCGCCCCUGCAGUUUCCGGCUACGUCCCACGAGACCCACUUCGAGUGGCCCGCCAAGAGCGGCAGCAACAACGACGACGACGACGGCCUCAGCGACGGCGACCCACAUCAUCGCGGUCACCUGCAGGACGAAUACCGAUUUCCUGCCGCCAAAGAACACAGUCAUCUGCAGGGCGCCGCGGCCAAAGUGGCUUCCGGCGAACGGCCAGAGUAUCUGAGGAAGUAUUUUGAACCUAACUACCGGGGCCACGCAGCCGCCGUCAACAGUUUUUACGACGACGACGAAUGAAGUAAUAUAUAUUGACGUGUAAGUUUGUGCGUAAAAUAAUAUUAUAGACGAGCUCACAACUUACCAGCAUUAUAUUAUAUGUGGUACGACAAUCAGACAUCAAUGGUUAAGCGCACACAGUUUGUAUUGUGUUAUGCACACAUUUAAUCAAUUUUCGGAAACCUCUUUUGAAGUUUUGUGAGAAUUUAAUAUUAAUGUAGAAAGUAUUUUCACUUCAAAAUAUAUACCUAUUAUAACAUAUAAGUAAUUUUAAAAAACUUCUUGUAGAAGAACGGAAUACAAUAGGUACAAUUAAAUUAAAUUAAAAUUGCACCUAAUACCUACUGCACAACAUGUAUGCACUCAGUGAAACCGAAGUCCAUGUUGUGGUCGGGACAUGGCUAUUUUAUUUACAUCAUAAUUUUAUUAUGAGUAAAUGUUUAUUAGGGUACCUAUUUCUAUAUUAAAUAAUUAAGAUAUAGAGGUCCCGAAGUUUUGAAAUCCCCCGACCACAUAUUAAAAAACUUCGGUGCUUAACCGUCAAAUAUAUAAAUUACAUAUUAUGACUAGGUCUGAUCUAAUAAUUUCUUCUCGUUUCAAUGCCAUUAGUAUAUUUCAACGCCUCCGUCUCGAUUAUCUUACUGUUUCGUUUUAUACUUUUAUAAGAUUCGUAUUUAAAAACGCACACUAAUAAUAGUACAAUAAUAAUUAAACGCAGAACAUAAAAAUAAGUUUUUAAAAACAAUUGCAGUGGGUAAUUUAUUAUUAAAUUUAAAUACAUUAUUAAUUAUAUUUCUUCCAAAUAGUUGUCUAAAACUUAUUCCAUCAGAAUUGAGAUAUUAUUUUAUUUUAUUCACAAUAAAUAUGUAAAUCCAAAAAUAAUAAGUUACGAGCUUGUAUGAUUCUUCAUCGAUUUGAUAAUAAUUAAUAAGUUUCUUCUGAUAAUAUGAAGUUUUAUGUUUUCAAAAAUUUUAAGUGAUUAUUCUGGUUUACUCUACCAUACAAAUAUAAAACUAGUAGGUACGUCAAUUUUCACAAUAAAAACUUCAUAGGAUUGCAUACAAAUUAUUACUCCGUUAUUAUUUUGCGACAUGCGCUUACCUUUUAUAAAUUAUGAAAAUUGUAGAAAAUACCAAACUCAUCAUCUGUAAACUUUUUAAAAAACAAAAAAUAUGUGGACAUUGAAAUGAGAAGACACAUACUUAGACGUAAUAUUGUAUUAUAAUAUAAAUUAAAAUAGUAUUAAGUAAUGCAACCAAGUCAGAUUUUGGUGAAUAAAAACCCGGAGAAAAAAAUUAUUCUGGAGGAGGGCAAUCGCUCGUUAAUUGGAAAAUAAAACCGGUUAGUUCUAUUUUCUGGGUCUUAUAUUUUAUGUAUUGGGUAUGUGAGCCAUAGAAAAUGUUAAUAUGUUAAAUAGGUACAUAAUAUUAUAUAUCAUCUUCAAAAAUAGUACUAUCUUAAAUCGUGAUACAAGCUAAAAUGGCGUAGGGUUUUUACACCUGAAAUAUAAAAUUAAAAUACUACCUAAUUACUACCUAAUUAAUUAUAAUUUGUUAAUGUUUUAUUGUACUCGACAUUCUAUGAAAUAAUCAUUUAUUUCAACUAUAUUCGCCCAUUAGAAACUGACAUCACUAAGUAAUUGCCUAUGCUUAUACGCUAUACCAUAGAUCAUAAUGUACUUGUACUAUUUCUAGUAAUUAGGUUUUUUCGUAAAUAUUUAUCAAAUUUUCUUUGAAAUCUAUUUGAUAUCUAUUGGAGACAGACAAUACUGAACAUAAUAUAAUAUAAUUUAAUUUAAAGUGAUGGAGACAAGAUACCUAGUAUAUAGAUAUGUAUAUGUAUUCCAAUGUUAUGUAAUUUGUGCUAUAAUUGCAGUAAUUAUUUUAUUAAAAACUGCAUAUUUUAGAAGAUUCACCAUACCUAAUAAUAUUAUAGACAAACUUUUACAUGUUGUAUUUGAGUACCUACCUACCAUUUCGGCAUUUCGGAUUUCCUAUCAACUGUUUGUAUAAUGUAUUCUACGUUGUAUUAGCACUAUUAGGUACUUAUUUGCAGUGUUCAAUAAAACAUUCGUAUUUAAAUAUUUAAUAGUUUAAUACUAUAAUGUCUAAACAUUAUAUUACGAUAAUUUUAACACUUGUAACUUUUAAUUGUUUACAGUAAGAAUAUUUUCAACACUAUGCAAUAUACAUUAUGAUGUAUCAUAUUACAAUAUUUAUAUUAGUAUUAUAAAAAGUUGACCAUAAUGUUAAAUCGGUCUUGUCCUGUUGUAUUAUUAAAUAUUUAUUUAAAUUUAUUUUUUAUUUUAAUUAUAUUAUGAUAUGUUCCAGACGUCGAUAACAUAACGUAGGUAAUACAUUGUAUUAUUAUUAUGUACAUAUUAGUAUAUUACACUUUAAAUAAUAUAUAAUAGUUUAAUAAUAAUUAUGUUUUAGGUAUAUUUGUUAUUACUAAAGGAUGAUUGUGUUUGUUUUUUAUUGUAUUAUUAUUGUUACUGGUACUUUAAAUACCUAUCUACCUAUA